AUGAUAAUUGAUUUGGUGGCAAGUAUAAAUUAAUAAAUUGAAAUUCAAUAAGUAAUGAUGAUAUUAUUCACAUAAAAUGUCAAUAAAUAUCAUGAAAAUACUCAUUAUUUAUAAUUGCGUUUAUAAAUAUUGUCUCUGUAUAAAUUUGAUUCAUCAAUAGAUGAUUUUGUGGGUUAAACACAUAUGCUAUAGUCUUCUAGUUCGCUAUACAUCAAUAAUUAAGCCUUAGCUUUUUAAGAACUUUCAGCAGCACUUUAAUACUUAUAAUAAGCUAUUGUUAAAACUAAUAAAAUAAAAAAAAAUUGCAUGAAUUCAUUAGUGAUACUUAAAUUAAUCUAGGAAUAGCAAAGGUACAUGAAAAAUAAUUUUAAUAAGAUCUUUACAUUUAUUUUAGCAAGUUAGUAUAUUCACAAUAAAAUCUAAAUGAAAUAAAAAAAAAUGAAGAUAUAAUACAUAUACUAAUAAAUUUUGCCAAAAUAUCCAGCAAAUUUGUAGGAACAUUAUUUGUAACAUUAAAAGUUAGAAAAUAAUUCAAUGCAGUUAUAGGAUUCAAAAAAAAAAGCAGUAAUCAAGAGCUUUUUCAAUUACCAUUUAUAGAUUUAUUUAAUCAUGCCAAAAAUAAUAAUUAUGGAAAAUUCUAUAGUGAUUUUUUUGAUAGAAAUUAAAUUGAUCUGUUGA